CUAGAUUUUCGAUGAUUGAGCCAUGAUUUUACGACGAGACCAGCGUGGGAAACACGAAAAGCACACAGUGAAUCUGUUAUGAAAAAUAUCGCCCUAAACCUGACAAUCAAAUAAUAAGGAGAGACAACCACAGGACGAAAAAUGGGAACAAAAAACAAUGGGACGACAAAGGAUUUAAAAUAAACACUACGACUGGAUUCCGACAGAGAAGACUUCAGCUAUAAGUUAAGUAAAAAUUCUAACGAAUUUUGUAAUUUGGUAUUGUUAUUUCUAGUGGUUCAUUUUCUGUUGACAGUUAAUAAUGGAUAAAAUUAAUGUAGGGGAAGAAAUAGUGGGGGAGGAUCAGAAACUCGAUAGGAUUGAAAUAAUUCUGCAGCUUCUGAGUAAGCAGAACGAAAACAUAAAUAAUUUAAAAUCUGAAAUGAGGGCUGAAAUUGACGAAAGGUUAGGGGAGAAUUUGAAUAAGCAAUUAAAUGCAAUAAAAACUGAGUUAACUGAGGUCAAAAAUCCACUGGAAGGUAACUUUAAGGUGAUAGAAUCGAGGGUAGACAAUGUGGACGAAAAAGUAAUUGUUUUUGAAAAUGAAUUCAUUGCCGAAAAUAGUAACAGAGCCAGGGAAAUUCAGGAACUUCAAAAUGAAAAUGAAUCGCUAGAUGAAAAAUUGAAUGACUUGAAAGUAAACAGUGUUAAUGCAGUCAGUAGUGUUGAGAAAAGGUUGACAGUUUAGAAUCAAAUCUUACCAAUAAAUUAGACACAUUAAAAACUAAAAUAAAUCAAGUUGAAGAAUAUGUUGUUAACAAGAAUUUGUAGUCAUGCACCAGCAUGGUCAAACCUGUUAGUGAAAAGUUUUCCUUGUGAUAAUUUGCACCCAGUUGAUUUUUUGCACCAUUGCAAGGACAAUUUUGUGCCAGGAAUGUCUGAUGAUUCAAAAAUUAAAUUUGUCAAAAAUUUCUUGAAGGGGAGGCCCUGUUCUGGGCAAAUCAAAAUUUCGAUCAGUGGGAAACCUUUGCAAAUUUUGAGAAAAGCUUCUUAAACAAAUUUUGGUCAGAAUCUGAACAGGGGAGAAUUAAAUCAGAAUUUUUAAAUGGACCUAUUUUCAGAGGGAGAGUGGGCUCCAUGAAAGCAUUUUGUAAAGAUCAAUUGAGGAAAUUAAUACAUUUAGAUAAAUCUUUUGAUGAAAUGACACAAAUAGAUGCACUGAAAAGAAGGCUACCUGAAAAAUUGCAAUGGGAUUUAGUUCAUGGGCCUGAUGAUUCUGUGGAAAUGUUUUUAAAUUAUGUGGAUAAAUUGGAUAGGGCAUUAGAAAGACGGAAUAUGCAAAAUUUUAACAAUGGUGAACACCAACAGGGGGGGGGGGUAUUCAAACAGGUAUGGAGAGAGGAGAGACUACAGAGACAAUAGAUAUGAACAACACAGGGGAAACAAUAGGGAUCAUAAUGGUAAUGACAGAAACAGAGGGGAACAAAAUUGGAGAUCAAACAACAGAGAAAACAGGCAGGAAAACUCCGGACCGCUUCAAUGAGGGUCCGCAGUUUUGGGGCGAGAAAAUUUAAUCACAAUAGGACCUACAAUAACAACUGGGAAUUUACAGACAGAGGAAGUAGGAGAAAUGUAACUUAUUAUUAUAAUAAAACCAAUGAAAGACAAAACAAAUACACACCACAAAUAACACACUCAUGUUCAACACCAAAUUAAUACUUUAAAUUGUGAUCUGACACUUCGGGAUACAAUAAGAGAAAAUAAUCAUGUUGAAAGCAACAAGGUAACUAUUUCUGAGAAUAAGCCAGAUGAGGAUAUUGCAAUUGUGCCAGAAUUUUAUUAUUGGGUAGAGAAUGAUAAUCUAUGUAAUUCUGAAGUAUCUGACAAACAUUACAGCUCUGAUUUGAAUAAGUUAUUUAAUGAAAAUGAAAAGUUAUGUGAAGAGAGAGAGAUGGAACUUAAUGUGACUGUGGAUAGGAUUCAUGAUGAGGAAAGUUUUGAUUUUGAUGAAUAUAUGGAAGCAAAUGAUGUUGUUGAGAGUUGUACGGAGGUAAGUAAUAGUGUGAUUAAUGCUGUAGGUGAAUGUCAGAUAUUCAUUGAGAUUAUUUCAAGUGAAGUAGUGAAGCUAUGUGAUAAUGAAGUUGAUAAUUGUGAGCAUUAUGAUGAGGUAAGUGUGGAUAGUAAUGAGGAAGAAUACACUCAUGCAUCUGAAGAACAGGUAAAGUUAAGUCAGUGUAACCAAUUUAAUGUAGCAGAGGACUGUAAUGUUGUGCCAGCUAAGUAUGAAGCAUUUAAACCCACCUACAAGUUCUGAAGGGAAAGGUGAAAAAUUUUUAAAAGUAUUAUGGAACAGUUGCAAUUACAAAACAGACAGGGAAGAGUUCUGGAACUAUUUAGCUAAAAUUUGUAGAAGGUUAUAUCCUCACUGGUGGCAAAGUGUAAAAUGUAAUGAAUAUCUGAUGUAUGCUCAACCUGUUGUAUCCAUAGAUGAUGAUAAUGAAAGUGUCAAUGUGUGUGUGAAGCUAUUAAAAACUGACCAGGAAAAUAAUGAGGGUAAUUUUAGAGAAAUUGAGAAUGACCUGUUACAUGAACCAUUAAAAGAAAAAGUAGAAGAAUGUGAAUUAGGGUGUCCAUACAUUAAAGCUAAAGUAAACAAUUGGGAGGGUAAAGGUCUCAUUGAUACAGGGAGUCCUAUUUCACCUAUUUCAGAAAAAUUUAGAAAUAAAAUUAGAGACGGUGUUGAUUUUGUUGAGGCCCUUGUGAUGGGAGUAAAGAUAAGAGGAGCUACAGGCAAACACAGUAAAGUCAUCAAAAGUCAAGUAUUUUUAUCAUUUGAAAUAGAGGAUGUAAAAUUUGAGCAGGGUUGCCUUGUUAUUCCAAGUUUAAAAGAGAACAUAUUGUUUGGCAUGGACUGGGUGUUAAAGGUAAGUGCUGCAUUUAGCUGGAGUGAGAUGAAGUCAAAUGUGUGUGAACCCAAAAGCAAUAUUAUUGUGUGUACACAACUGUUUAUUACACACUGUGGAGAAGGUUGCAAUCAUGUCAGGAAAAUCAUAGACUAUGAAGAGAAUUUGUGCUGUUAUGAUAAUAAGCCUGAGCUAAAUUUUUCUGGUCAAAAUUAUGAAAACCUAGUUAGAAGCAAAGUAGAGGAAGCAAUUAAUUUGGACAGUGAUCAAAAGAGACAGUUGGAAAAUUUAUCGUGGGAGUUUCAAGAUGUUUUCAAUGAAAAACCUGGAAGAGUCAGAUUUUAUCAAUGCACUUUACACCUUAAAAAUCAUGAACCUUUUUUCCUCAAGCCUUAUAGUAUUCCGUUUGCAAAAUGAAAAGAAGUAGAGAGUGAGAUACAAAAAAUGGAAGCUUGGGGUAUAAUCGAAAGAAGUAACAGUGAUUAUAAUAAUCCUUUGGUGGUGGUUUCCAAAUGUGGAGGUGGUGUUAGACUUGUACUUGAUUCUAAGUACCUUAACAAAUUUUUGAAAAGAGAAAAUGAUCAUCCAGAAAACAUAGAUGAAUUGUUACAUAAAUUUGAGUGUGUGAAAUUCAUGAGCAGCUUAGACUUAACUUCAGGCUUUCACCAAAUUUCUUUAGAAAUAAAUUCUAGAAAAUACACUGCAUUUUUGUAUGGGGGAAAAAGUUAUCAAUACUGUGUUGUACCAUUUGGACUAACUGUUUCUGUUGCUGAGUUUAUUAGAGCAUUAGAUCUUGUUUUGGGGGAUGAGCUACUGUCUAAACUUAUUGUAUAUGUAGAUGAUAUUUUGAUUUCUGGAAAAACAUGGGAAGAACAUUUUGAAUUGCUAACACAGGUGUGUACAAAAUUAAGGGAAAGGGAUAU